UCAUUUUUGACGAGGAACGGAGGAGAGACUGGUUGGUUGGUAACUUUCGUUUUUUGUUGUGUUCUGUUCUGUUUUUCACUCUGUUUCGGCCAUCAUCUUCCUCCUCAGCCUGCUUCCCAUUCCCAUUUAUACUUACAAAUACGUAAGUCAUAAUCUUCCUCUCUAUCUCCAUUUUGUUUCCCCUUUUAAGCAACCUCAAUUAGUAAACUAGCAAGCAGUGUCCUUUUCCCAACCUUGAUUUUCCUUUUAUUCGAAGCAAUCGUUUACUUUGGUUAUUGGCUAGUCUCAAUUCUAGGGCUUAUCAAAGACAAGGAAUUGCAAUAUUUGGAAUUUAAUUAAUUAAUAAAAUGGUAUUUUUUUAAUUCAAUUGAUCACCGCUUCUGAAUUCAAUCUGGAAUGGCGAGCGGUGACGGCGAUGAGGACGUCGCCGUUUUGAGCGAUGUUGAGGGAGACGAUCCGGUGCCGAUCGUUGUAAGAAGUCCGAGACUGGAAGAUGUGUCCGUGGAGAAAUAUCGCGAGCUACUCGCUGAGCUCGAUCGGGAGAGAGCUGCUCGUGAGGCAGCCGAGACGUCUAAGUCGGAGCUUCAGGUUUCGUUUAAUCGGUUGAAAGCGCUGGCGCAUGAGGCGAUCAGGAAGCGAGAUGAGUGCGCGAGGCAGCGGGAUGAAAGUGUGAAGGAGAAGGAAGAGGCUUUGAAAGAAAAGGAGAGAAUAUCUGUGGAAUUGAUUGAAGUCAAUAAGUUGAAAGAGGAGGCUGUGAAGCAGAAAGAUGAAAUUGGGAAGCAGUUUGAGGAGGCGGUGAAAGCUAGGGAUGGAUUGCAAUCGGAGAUUGAGAAUUCGAGGCAUAUGCUAGUGAGUGGAAUUGAGAAGAUUUCCGGAAAAGUAAGUAACGUCAAGAAUUUUGCUGCGGCAGGGUUGCCUAGGUCUCAGAAAUACACUGGAUUGCCCGCUGUUGCUUAUGGAGUUAUUAAGAGGACAAAUGAGAUUGUUGAAGAGCUCGUUAGACAGAUUGAUGCCACUGCAAAAUCUAGGAAUGAAGCAAGAGAACAGAUGGAUAUGAGGAAUUACGAGAUUGCUAUUGAGGUCUCUCAGCUUGAAGCUACAAUUAGUGGCUUGAGAGAUGAAGUGGCAAAGAAGACUUCAUUGAUUGAGAACUUAGAGAAGAAUGUGGUGGAAAAGGAAGAGAAGGUUUCAGAAAUUGAGAGAGAGAUGUUUGAGAAGACACAUUCUGUAGAGAAUGAAGCUUUUGAGUUGAGGGAGUUAGUUGUUGAGUAUGAUGAUAAGCUGAGGAAUUUGGAAUCAAAGUUAGAAUUGCAGAGGCCUUUGUUGAUUGAUCAGUUGAAUUUAGUGGCAAAAAUCCAUGACCGGCUUUAUGAUGUCAUCAAAUUAGUCGAUACUAAUCAUUUGGAUUCAGAUUUAUCAGAGUCUUUGUUUCUCCCACAACAAACGGACAUGGAGGAGAAUAUACGUGCUUCUUUAGCAGGAAUGGAAUCAAUUUAUGAGUUAACUAGAAUCGUUGUUGAAAAAACAAAGGAUUUGUUAGAGAAGAAGAGUCAUGAAGUGAAAGGUUUGAAUGAAACAGUAGGCCGAUUGGUUAAGGAGAAAGAGCAAAUUGGUUCAUUACUUAGAAGUGCUUUAUCAAAGAGGAUGAGAUUGGACCAAUCUUCCAAAACCAAUGAAUUGUUUCAGGCUGCAGAGAAUGGCUUAAGGGAGGCUGGGAUAGAUAUCAAAUUUAGUAAGAUUCUUGGGGAUAACAAGGUUCCAGCUUCUCAAGAUAAAGGUAGACCCCUAGACAUGGAAGAAGAUGAAAUAUACAAUUUGGCUGGUGCUCUGGAGAAUAUUGUAAAGGCAUCUCAGCUUGAGAUAAUUGAGCUGCAGCAUUCUGUGGAUGAAUUGAGGGCAGAGGCGAGUUUACUUAAAGAGCAUAUAGAGGCACAAGCAAAGGAACUGGACCAGAGAAUGCGUAGAAUAGAAGAACUUGAGGAGAAGGAGAGAGUGGCAAAUGAAAGUGUUGAAGGGCUUAUGAUGGAUAUUGCUGCUGCUGAAGAAGAAAUUACUAGAUGGAAAGUAGCAGCAGAGCAAGAGGCUGCUGCUGGCCGAUCUAUUGAGCAAGAAUUUGUGGCUCAGCUGUCAGCACUUAAACAGGAACUUGAAGAGGCAAGGCAUGCCAUGUUUGAAUCAGAGAAAAAGCUAAAAUUCAAAGAAGAGACAGCUGCUGCUGCCAUGGCAGCAAGAGAGGCUGCUGAGAAGUCAUUGAGACUGGCUGACAUGAGGGCGUCUAGGCUGAGAGAUAGGGUGGAGGAACUCAGUCAUCAGCUUGAAGAGUUUGAAACUCGAGAAGACUCGGGAGGCCGAAAUGGUCCUAGAUAUGUAUGCUGGCCAUGGCAGUGGCUUGGACUGGACUUUGUAGGCGUUCGCAGACCUGAAACACAACAACCGAGUUCAAAUGAAAUGGAGCUUUCUGAACCCCUUCUAUGAUUUUAACUUUUCCCUUCUUUUUGUGUAUUUAUUUGAACUUUCAAAAAAUUUAAAUUCAAGAAAUGAUAGCUUAUUACAUCCUUCGUCCCGGCCAGCUUAUUCAAUGUGCGAUGUUUUACAUGAACGGUGAUUUGCAUAAAAAUAAUACAGUUUCUUUUCAUAUA